UUUACUUUCAAAUGAUUUUAUAUUUUAUAUUAUUUUUCUAUUUAGUUUUUGUUUCAAUAUAAUCCUGUGAGUUCUUUUCUUCGCAUUUACCAUAUUAUACCCUCUCUCAUAAAAGUUUUACCCUUCCUUCUUGGAACAUCAAACUUGGCAACCACACAACCUUCUAAACUCAAGGAUUUAGCGUUGCUGGUUCUAUAAGCACCCAGACUCAUCGAUCAUGACUCUGCAAUAGAGCAUGUCUUCACCUUUAAAAAAACUGAACCACGCAGUAUCGCAUCGUCGUGAUUCUAUAAAAACUCGCGGGCGAGAUAAAGGCAGGUCCCUUUACGUGAAACAGUAUGAGCGGUACCUGGACGUUUUGCAAAAAUAUUUGAAUGAAAUAAAUAGAAAAGAUGUAUCAAAUUCAGAGGAAGCCGUAUGGGGAAGUUUAGAGGGAUCUUUCGUAGGUAAUACUUUUUGGACUUCGGAUGAAAAACGUUCUUUUUUUCAUGGACUGGCGAGAUAUGGAAAGAAAAACAUAGAUAAAGUGUCUUAUGUGAUUGGUAGCAAAAGCCCUUCGCAUGUUCAGCAUUAUAUUGACAUUUUGGAUACCGAAUUACGCUGGCUGAGAAAUCAUAUUGAUUCUUCUGUUCGUAGUCGAUAUUUAAUCAAGUAUCAGGAAAUUCCAGCUGCUUCGGAAAUGAGUCAUGAAUGGGUUGAGUGGGAGGAGUCUUGUUCUCAACGACUUAUUGACGCUUCAGAUAAAAUAGCCUCUGAGGAUAGGAGAAAGGAAUCCAUGCAUGUACAAGCAAACCGGGAAAGCCAUAACGAUGAUUUACUGAAGCCGCAAGAUUUAUUUAAUGUUCCUUUGAUGGAAAAGCUAUGCUUUCAGUUUUACUAUAAUGAAAGGUCUGGACUGGAAAGUAAAGAGAAAACAGCAAGUUUCUAUACUUCCUCGGUUUUAGAGGAUCUUGUGGAUUUAGUAAAACAAAAGACAAAAGAAUUGGUUUUAAACUCGGCUUUUUUGGCUGAGCUCCGAUUUGGCAAACUGGAGUCAAGCGCCGUGUUUCAUCGAAAGGCUACUAUACGUUACCGGGAUGUAGAAUUAUCGACAAGGUUGUCACGAUUUGAUCGUUUUAAUAUUCCUGGAUUUUGGAAAUACCUUCCUUUUCGUCAAAAGCUUAGGGUUUUAAAGCAGAAUAAAAGACUGAAGCCAAAAACAUUUAUUGAAAUAUUGAGCAAAGAUGAAGACUUCAUUCGUCAUAAACAAGGAAGAGCAAGACUCAGAAAAAAGCAUGAUUUAGAUUCGGAGGAAGUGCUAUCGUUUAACUCUAAAGACUCACCCCUAAUAGAUUUGGAGUCGGUGGUGCCCCCUACUCCUCCUGAGGCUAGUUCUGACUCUGGGGACGAUGCGUCUGCAAUUACGGAGAGUCAUUCGAGCAUGCCUGAGAGCGAUGAUAGUCCAGUUGAGGGUGAAGAAGAACAAGACGACAUCAAUUCGUAUGAUAUGGCACAGUCAAGGGCAUACGAAAAGUCCUUAAUUGAUUAUGUUGUGUGUAAAGAAAUUGAAUCUCUAAGUGAAGAAUCCGAUAAAGUUGCUUUGCUUGAAUUAAUAGCUCAAAAAAAACUCGUGGAUAUGUCAAGCUUAAACGAUGAUACCUUUCGUGAUGCAUCGACCGAUUAUCUGCGCAGUUUACAUACUGUCGAUGGGGAAUCUGAUUCUGACGUUGAUGUACAGCCAAUCUGCUACUAUUAUAAAGACCCCAUGCUGAUAGACUCCAACCCUGAGGAUAAUCCUUCUGAACGUUUGCAGAAACAGUAUGUUGGUUUAAUCUCUUAUGACAUGGAUUUUCAUCAGGAACGGAUGGAUCCUUAUGAAUUGUUAGCUCAACCGGUGUCUUCCUGGGAAUAUUCUUUCCAUAAUUCAACUGAGUAUGAUGCUUCUAACGAAGAGGAUAUUGCUAGUAUCGAACCAUAGAUAUAACUUUUCACAGUGCUGUGCUUCAUGUUAUCUGAUUAUUUCUUUUUAUUUUAUUAUUUUAUUAUUCCUACUUGUUAAUCAUGUAUAUUGAAUUCCUCCGUGCUCUAUUUUUUGGUCCGUUUUAUAUGAGUUCUGAAUAUGGUUAAUUUCUCUUCUAGUGUGCUUUCUUGUCUACAUUAACAACUUUGCUGUUUGAGCGCUGCCAAGGCAACUCUCCUCCAACUCAUACUUUAGGAUAAAUUGUUUCAUAUUAUCUGAAUUUUGUUAGCUACUUUAUUUAAUUUUUCACGCUUUACUACAUUUAGCCAGCCAUUUUCGUAAAGAAUUAA